AUGAAUGGUGAUGUGGUUGGGUGUUGGGGGGGGGGUGAUAUGUUGUGUUUUUGGGGGGGGUGGGGGGUUGUGGUGUUUGUGGUGGUUGAUGGGGUGUUUGGUUUGUGUGGGUUUGGGUUGGGGUUUGGGGUGGGGGUGUUUUGGUUUGGGUGGGGGGUGUGUUUGUGUGGGGGGGGGUGUGUGGGUGGAAUUUUUAUUUGGGUGAUAUUGGUUGUUUUUUUGGUGUUGGGGUGGUGUGUGUGGUGGGUGUUAGUAGGGGGGGGUGUGGUGGGGUUUGGGGUUAUUGUUGUGGUUGGUUUUUUAAGGUGGUAUUUGUAUGAGGUGGGUUGGGAGGGUGUUUUUGGUGGGGAUAUGUUUUGGGGUUGGUUUUUGUGUGUUUGGUGUGUGGUGGAGGUGAAGAUUGUGGAUGGAGAUAAAGUGUUGAUAUUAGUGGGAUUUUUUUGGUUGGAGUGGGUUAAUGGUUGUUUUGGGGUGUUGGGGUUGGUGUUUGUGUUGGGGUGUAGGUUUUUUUUGGGUUGGUGUAUUUGUGGGGGUGGUUGUGUUUUUUGUGGGGUGAGGUUGGGGUUUGUUGGGGUGUGGUGGGUGGUUGGGGUAUGUGUUUGGGUGGUUGUUGGGUUGUGUUUUGUUGGUGUUUGGGGGUGGUGGUGGGUGUUGGGUGUGGGUGUUUGGUUGUGGGUUGGUGGGGUGUGUGGGGGGUGUUGUUGGUGUUUGGUGGGUGGUUUGUGUGGGUUGGUGGGGGGGUGGGGGGGUUUUUUUUUUGUGUUUGUGGUGGGUUGGGUUUUGUGUUUUGGGGUUGUGGUUGGUGGUGUGUUUGUGUUGUUGGUUUUUUGUUUUGUUUUUUGGUGGUUUUUUUUAGUUGUAGUUUUUAUAUUGGAUGAAUGUGUGAUUUUUUUUUUGUUUUUUUUUGUGUGUGUGUUGGGUGGUGGGGGGGGUGUGUGUUGUUGGUGGGGUGGUGUUGUUGUGUUUUUGUUUGGGGAGUUUGGGGUUAAUAGUAUAUUGGGUUGGUUGGUGGGGGGGGGGGGGGGGGGGUGGGGGGGGGGGGGGGGGGGGGUUUGUUGGGUGAGGUGGUGUGUUGGGUGGUAUUUAGUUGUUUUAUAUAUUUGGGUGGGGUGGGGUGGUUUUGUUGGGGGGGGGUGGUGGUUGAUUGGGGAUUUUUGGGGGGGUUUGUGGGGGGGGGGGGGGGUAUGGUUGGGUGGGUGGGGAGUGGGGGUUGGUGAGUUGUGUGUGGUGGAUGUGGUAGUGUAUGAGUGUUUGUAUUUGUGGUUGUAUAUGGGUUGGUUUGGUGUUGUGGUUAUGUUUGUGGUUUUAUGGGGUGUUGGGUGGUGUGUGGUGGGGGUUUGGGGUGUGGUGGUGUUUGGGUGGUGUUUGGUGGUUGUGGUGGUGGUGGUUUUGUUGUGUGGUGGUGUUGGGUGGUUUUGGGGGUUGGUUAUUGGGGUUGUUGGUGGGGUGUUGUGUGGUGGGGGGGGUGUGUGGGAUUUUUGGGUUUGUAUUUUUUGGGGAUGGGUGGUGUGUGGUGGUGGUGGGUUUGGUGUUUGGGAUGAUGUUUGGGGGGGGGGGGGGGGUUUGUGUGGGGUGGUUUGUUGUGAUAGGGGAGGGGUGGUGGUAGUGGGUGAGGAGGGGGGGGAUUUUGGGGUGUGGGUUGGGAGUUUUUGA